CCCAGUCAGCACACGCGCCGGCGGAGAAGGCCGAGGCUCUUCACAAAGGACAUCGAAACGCUAUUGUACAGUAUGGGUGAUGGCCCUGUCUCUCUAGAUUCCACCGUUAACUGCUUGGAGGAUUGUCUCGUGGAGUUUCUCACGGACAUUUCCCACGAGUCCCUCCAGUUUGCGCGGCUGCACGGCCGUCUGAGAAUAAAGGUGGAUGAUGUCCCCUUUGCCUUGAGGAAUGACCCUCUGAAGCUAGGCAGGAUGAACUAUAUCAGGGAACAGCUUGCGAAGAUCGAAAAGGCCAAGAAACUUUACGACACAAACAAUGUCAACGAGAGAGAAUACUUUGCAGACGAGGACGACGAAGACGAUGACAAUGACGGUUCCCGCCCCCUGAAAAAGGCAAAAAAGAAAGAGCGU